UCCGCAGAUUUCAAUUCAGUCAGAGGGGGAGAUUUUUAAACAUACAGCGGGUUGGCUUGACCCUGAUAAAACGACACUUGUUAUCCUUUACUCCACGAGAAUUUCCCACUUCCCCUGUUUGUCCCUUGUUUUCUAUCGGAGGGACUGACUGCUGUGUCCCUGGAGGAGGUCGUAGCAAGUAGCUAGCUAGCUAGCCAGAAUAUUCAGGACUCCGGCCGGGAGGAUUGAGAGCAGAAAACGACCAUGGCUCAGAUCCUACCUAUCCGCUUUCAGGAGCACCUGCAGCUCCAAAACCUGGGGAUAAACCCAGCUAACAUUGGGUUCAGCACACUGACUAUGGAGUCAGAUAAAUUCAUAUGUGUUCGGGAGAAGGUCGGGGAGCAGGCACAGGUGGUGAUCAUUGACAUGAGUGACCCCAACAGCCCCAUCCGUAGGCCUAUCUCAGCAGACAGCGCCAUCAUGAAUCCAGCCAGCAAAGUAAUAGCACUCAAAGGUAAGAAGGCUGCGAAAACCCUUCAGAUUUUUAACAUUGAAAUGAAGAGCAAGAUGAAGGCCCACACCAUGACUGACGACGUCACAUUUUGGAAGUGGAUCUCACUCAAUACUGUAGCACUUGUGACAGACAACGCUGUGUAUCACUGGAGCAUGGAAGGGGACUCGCAGCCUGUCAAAGUAUUUGAUCGACACUCCAGUUUAGCGGGCUGUCAAAUUAUCAACUAUCGCACUGAUGCUAAACAGAAGUGGCUCCUCCUCAUUGGAAUUUCUGCACAGCAAAACCGUGUGGUGGGUGCAAUGCAGCUGUACUCGGUGGACAGGAAGGUGUCCCAACCCAUCGAGGGCCACGCUGCUGCUUUCGCCCAGUUCAAAAUGGAGGGCAACGCAGAGGAGUCGACACUUUUCUGCUUUGCUGUUCGGGGGCAAGCUGGAGGAAAGUUACACAUUAUUGAAGUUGGCACGCCGCCUUCAGGUAAUCAGCCAUUCCCAAAGAAAGCAGUGGACGUGUUCUUCCCACCUGAGGCCCAGAAUGAUUUUCCAGUUGCUAUGCAGAUUAGCUCCAAACAAGAUGUCGUUUUCCUGAUCACCAAAUAUGGCUACAUCCACCUGUAUGACCUGGAGACUGGCACCUGCAUCUACAUGAACAGAAUCAGUGGGGAAACCAUAUUUGUCACAGCACCUCAUGAAGCCACAUCUGGUAUCAUAGGAGUCAACAGGAAAGGACAGGUGCUUUCCGUAUGUGUGGAAGAGGAGAACAUUAUCCCCUACAUUACCAACGUGCUGCAGAACCCCGACCUGGCACUCCGCAUGGCUGUCCGGAACAAUCUGGCCGGAGCCGAGGAGCUCUUCGCCCGCAAGUUCAAUAACCUCUUCGCAGGAGGCAACUACUCCGAGGCUGCCAAAGUGGCUGCAAAUGCACCCAAGGGCAUUCUGAGAACUCCUGACACCAUCCGGAGAUUCCAGAGCGUCCCUGCCCAGCCAGGUCAGACUUCGCCUUUGCUGCAGUACUUUGGCAUCCUUCUGGACCAGGGCCAGCUCAACAAAUUUGAGUCUUUGGAGCUUUGCAGGCCAGUCCUGCAGCAGGGCCGCAAGCAGCUCCUGGAGAAAUGGCUCAAAGAAGACAAGUUGGAGUGUUCAGAGGAGCUUGGAGAUUUGGUGAAGUCUGUGGACCCAACUCUUGCUCUCAGUGUCUACCUGAGAGCCAAUGUCCCCAACAAAGUUAUCCAGUGCUUUGCAGAAACAGGACAGUUCCAAAAAAUAGUACUGUAUGCGAAAAAGGUUGGCUACACUCCAGACUGGAUCUUCCUGUUGAGGAACGUCAUGCGGAUCAGUCCAGACCAGGGUCUUCAGUUCUCCCAGAUGCUGGUUCAGGAUGAGGAACCUCUGGCUGACAUUACUCAGAUUGUGGAUGUCUUCAUGGAGUAUAACCUGAUCCAGCAGUGCACUUCCUUCCUGCUAGAUGCACUGAAAAACAACCGUCCGACCGAGGGACCACUUCAAACCCGUCUGCUGGAGAUGAACUUGAUGCACGCACCACAGGUUGCUGACGCCAUCCUGGGUAACCAAAUGUUCACUCACUACGACCGUGCUCAUGUAGCCCAGCUGUGUGAGAAGGCAGGACUGCUCCAGAGAGCUUUGGAGCACUACACCGACCUUUACGACAUCAAACGGGCCGUAGUGCACACCCACCUGCUCAACCCUGAGUGGCUCGUGAACUUUUUCGGAUCACUGUCAGUGGAGGACUCUAUGGAAUGUCUGAGAGCCAUGCUUUCUGCCAACAUCAGGCAGAACUUACAGAUCUGCGUUCAGGUUGCCUCCAAAUACCACGAGCAACUGUCCACCCAGGCUCUCACUGAGCUUUUUGAGUCUUUCAAGAGCUUUGAGGGUCUGUUCUACUUCCUUGGCUCUAUUGUGAACUUCAGUCAGGACCCAGAGGUUCACUUCAAGUACAUUCAAGCCGCAUGUAAAACAGGACAGAUUAAAGAAGUGGAGAGAAUCUGCCGAGAGAGCAACUGCUACGAUCCCGAGCGUGUGAAGAACUUCCUGAAGGAAGCCAAGCUGACUGACCAACUCCCUCUCAUCAUCGUGUGUGACCGCUUUGACUUUGUCCACGACCUGGUUCUCUAUCUGUACCGUAACAGCCUGCAGAAGUACAUUGAAAUCUACGUGCAAAAGGUGAACCCCAGCCGUUUGCCUGUGGUGAUCGGUGGACUGCUGGACGUUGACUGCUCUGAGGACGUCAUUAAGAACCUCAUCCUGGUGGUGAGAGGCCAGUUCUCCACUGAUGAGCUUGUGGCUGAAGUGGAGAAAAGAAACAGGCUGAAGCUGCUGCUCCCUUGGCUGGAAGCCCGCAUCCACGAAGGCUGCGAGGAGCCGGCGACCCACAAUGCUCUGGCAAAGAUCUACAUUGACAGCAACAACAACCCGGAGCGCUUCCUGCGUGAGAACCCUUACUAUGACAGCCGAGUGGUAGGCAAAUAUUGUGAGAAGAGAGACCCACAUUUGGCUUGCGUCGCUUAUGAACGAGGACAGUGCGACCAGGAACUCAUACAUGUUUGCAAUGAGAACUCCCUGUUUAAGAGCCUGUCUCGGUAUCUGGUGCGUCGUAAGGACCCUGAGCUGUGGGCCAGUGUCCUUCUGGAGAGUAACCCCUACAGGAGACCUCUGAUAGAUCAGGUUGUGCAGACUGCCCUCUCAGAGACCCAGGAUCCAGAGGAAGUUUCCGUCACUGUCAAAGCCUUCAUGACCGCUGACCUGCCCAAUGAGCUUAUUGAACUUCUGGAGAAGAUUGUUUUGGACAAUUCUGUCUUCAGUGAACACCGAAACCUGCAGAACCUGCUGAUCCUGACAGCUAUCAAAGCUGAUCGUACUCGUGUGAUGGAGUAUAUCAACCGCCUGGACAAUUACGACGCCCCCGACAUCGCCAACAUCGCUAUCAGCAACGAGCUCUUUGAGGAAGCUUUUGCCAUUUUCAGGAAAUUUGAUGUGAACACCUCAGCAGUUCAGGUUCUGAUUGAGCACAUUGGGAACCUGGACCGAGCCUAUGAGUUUGCCGAGCGUUGUAACGAGCCUGCAGUGUGGAGCCAGCUUGCCAAGGCUCAGCUGCAGAAAGGUUUGGUGAAAGAGGCCAUUGACUCCUACAUCAAGGCUGAUGACCCAUCAGCUUACAUGGAAGUGGGACAAGCUGCAGCCCAAAGCGGAAACUGGGAGGAUCUGGUGAAGUUCCUACAGAUGGCUCGCAAGAAGGCUCGGGAAUCAUAUGUGGAAACCGAGUUGAUCUUUGCUCUCGCUAAAACCAACCGUUUGGCAGAGCUGGAGGAGUUUAUCAAUGGACCAAACAAUGCCCACAUUCAACAAGUCGGGGACCGAUGCUACGAUGAAAAAAUGUAUGAAGCUGCUAAGUUACUCUACAACAACGUUUCUAACUUUGGCCGCUUGGCCUCCACCCUGGUGCACCUGGGGGAGUACCAGGCAGCCGUGGACGGUGCCCGCAAGGCCAACAGCACAAGGACUUGGAAGGAGGUUUGCUUUGCAUGCGUGGAUGGGAAGGAGUUUCGUCUGGCACAGAUGUGUGGUUUACACAUUGUAGUUCACGCAGAUGAACUGGAGGAGCUUAUCAACUACUACCAGGACCGUGGCUACUUCGAAGAGCUGAUCACCAUGCUGGAGGCAGCUCUGGGACUGGAGCGUGCUCACAUGGGCAUGUUCACUGAGCUGGCCAUCCUCUACUCCAAAUUCAAACCUCAGAAGAUGAGGGAGCACCUGGAGCUCUUCUGGUCCAGAGUCAACAUUCCAAAGGUUCUGAGGGCAGCAGAGCAGGCUCAUCUGUGGGCGGAACUGGUUUUCCUCUACGACAAGUAUGAAGAAUACGACAACGCUAUAAUCACCAUGAUGAACCAUCCUUCGGAUGCUUGGAAAGAAGGCCAGUUUAAAGACAUUAUAACCAAGGUGGCUAACGUGGAGCUGUACUACAAGGCCAUCCAGUUUUACCUGGAGUUUAAACCUUUGUUACUGAACGACCUGCUCAUAGUCCUGUCCCCACGGCUGGAUCACACUCGCGCUGUCAAUUUCUUCACAAAGGUCAAGCAACUGUCGCUGGUGAAACCAUACCUGCGAUCUGUACAGAACCACAACAACAAGUCAGUCAACGAAGCACUAAACAAUCUGUUUAUCAUAGAGGAGGAUUACCAGGCUCUGCGCACAUCCAUCGAUGCCUAUGACAACUUUGACAACAUAUCUCUAGCUCAGAGCCUAGAGAAACAUGAGCUCAUUGAGUUCAGGAGAAUCGCAGCUUACCUCUUCAAAGGCAACAACCGCUGGAAGCAAAGCGUGGAGCUCUGCAAGAAGGACAAACUCUACAAGGAUGCCAUGCAGUACGCCUCUGAGUCUAAGGACACAGAGCUGGCUGAGGAGCUGUUGCAGUGGUUCCUGCAGGAGGAUAAGAAGGAGUGCUUCGCCGCCUGCCUCUUCACCUGCUAUGACCUGCUGCGGCCAGAUGUGGUGCUGGAGACCGCCUGGAGGCACAACAUCAUGGACUUCUCUAUGCCUUACUUUAUCCAAGUCAUGAGGGAGUACCUGACCAAGGUCGACAAGUUGGAUGCGUCAGAAUCUUUGAGGAAACAGGAGGCACAAGCCACUGAGGCACAACCCAUUGUUUAUGGCACACCCCAGCUGAUGCUCACUGCAGGACCCAAUGUGGCAGUCCCCCCGCAGCAGCCAUAUGGUUACGGCUACGCUGCACCCGGCUACGGCCAAGCCACCCAGCCUGGCUUUGGCUACGGCAUGUAAAAAAAAAAACAAAAAAAAAAACGACCCCUCCCGGCCACAGCUAUCCAUCCAUCUCUCCUUAUGUUCCUCACCAGCUUACUACAGUUUUGCUCACAAAUAAGGGGUACAAGCAAGUAAAGUUAUGUGUUUUAAAUUAUUAUUAUUUUCUUUGAAUUUCAAUGAAGGACUUCAUUUU